AUGGUCAAGGCUUCCAAUGCGCCCCUCCAGAUCCGCCUGGCAGAGCCCGUCAUCUUCCUCAGAGGGCCCUCGACCGGCACAGACUUUCGCGGACGCCCACAACAAACCCAAGAUGGACCGCCCGCAAUGCUCCGAGGUCUGUUGACCCUCCGUUUGCAGAAGCCAACGCGCAUCCGCACCGUCUCUGCAACGCUAGAGGGCAAGGCAAAGACCGAGUGGCCCGAAGGUAUCGGUCCCCGCAGGGCCGAGACGUUUGAGGAGCACACGAUUCUUUCCGAGACGGCCACGUUCUUCUCCGCUGCCGAGGGGCACCGUCCGCCAGUAACUCGCCGCAGUCAGUCUGUCGAUCCCGCGGCUCUCGCGCAGUAUGACCUCGACUCUGACGAGGACUCGGACGACCGGAUCGACGAUGGCCGUGUGAUCCCACGCAGUGCCAGCGUUCUGCCUGGGAACGAGGACUGGUCGUCUUGGCGCAUGGCGCGGUCUCGGCACGCCAGCCCGGAUCGGUUCGGAGGCUCCCGCCAAGCGAGUACGCUGUCGCUGGCCGCUAUGCGCAGCAGUGCGACGCAGUCGCGCGGUCUGUCACCAGCCCUGACUCCGGCCGACACCCCGCCGCCAGGAUCGCCGUUGCCUCGGCGUACCUCUGGCAUGAACAACAGCGCAAGCAGCGGCGAUGAAGACUGGCGGCCAAGGACGCCCGAGGGAGAUCCCGACAAUCCGAUCAACUUCCCCAACGCCGAUGCGCAGUACUCGAACGGCACUUCGAACCCGUCGACUCCUGGCGCAGUCCGAUUCGGCGAGGCGCUGAGCCAGGUCCCGUCAAAGGACCACGAUGCCCACGCCAUGUACCACCCCGCCGCUACGCACGCCCAGCCGUGUCCGACCCGAGCCGGCACGCCGACGAAUGAGACGCCGCCCUCCGCAUCUCCGUUCACACGAUCGCCUGCCGUCUCCCGACCUCCGUCUCUGCACGACUUGCAGGAGGCGAAUGGCGGGCCAUCGCCUGGUGGCCGCCGAAGCAGCGGGCUGCGUCCGCCGGAGAGCCCGUCCAUGUCGCGUGGACCGAGCAGCCAGGGCGGUGACGGCGCCGUCGAGAUGCGAGGCCGCUCGCGUGCUUCGUCCAUCAUCGUCCGCCAGGGCGAGCAGCGACACGCUGGCGAGCCGACGGGCAUCUUGCUGCCGAGUCGAACUACGACAUCAACAAACUCUUCGACCGGACCAGGCGUGCAACACGCUCCUUCUGUGCACCACGCGCCCAGCUUCAGCAUCGACGCCGACGACCGCGGUCGCGCGAGCCACAAAGGCCACAAGUUCAGCCUGUCCGCCGCCCUCCGCUCUCUCAGUCACCACCGCAACCACUCGAAGAGCCGCGAGCCGCCCAGCCGAUCGGCGAGCCGGCAGCGUCCAGAGGCGACUCCGCGCAACUCGUUCAUGGCCCUCGAUGACGCACCGAUCCCUCGAAUCUCGUCUGGUGCGAACAUUGCCAUGUCGCGCAACUCGAGCUCGACAGGUCUCCAAAGCCUUGCUCCGGAGCGCGGCCGAUCUGUCGAGACAGCGCGUGGUCGCAGUCCCGGCCGCCGUGAUGAGAGCGAGCACCGCGGCCGCAGCCGGCAGAAGAAGAAGAGCGCGUUCUCCAUCGGCGGCGGCGGCGACGAGGAGGUGCACAAUUGGAAGGAGUUCCCAAAGGGAACAUACAACUGGCCGAUCUCAUUCUCAAUCCCACCAAACAUGCCGCCAAGCAUCCAUGCCGAGUUUGGUUCGGUUGUGUACAAGCUGAAGGCACACGUUGUGCGUGCGGGAGCGCUCACGACGAACCUGUCCGACGAGAUGGAGGUGCAGAUGAUCGCAGGACCGCAAGAGGACGACAUGGAGGAGUCGGACAACGUCAUUGUCGAGCGCCAGUGGGAAGACCAGAUGCGCUACCAGAUUGCUCUCAGCGGCAAGGCGUUCCCGAUCGGUGGUACGAUUCCUAUCAGCAUCCGCCUCAUGCCUCUUGCCAAGUGCAAGGUGUACCGGCUCACGAUUGCGCUCGAGGAGAAGAGCGACUACUAUGCGUCUAACAAAAAGGUGGCACGGCACGAGACGCCGCGGCGCUUCGUGCUGUUCUCGGCCAAGAACACGCCGCCAAACAAGCACACGCCCGCCGAACCCCUGCUCCCGAUCCUCAGCGACGACGAGAACGCGAUCAAGGACUCGCCUCUUGCCCCGUUAGCUCGAAACGCUGCUCUCAACAACCCGCUCGAGUUUGAGAACCUGGCGAACCCCGAGGACGACGUCUACGCCUCCUUGCUCGACCCACUGGGUCCGUGGCACUUUGAGAAGGACCUGGCCGUGCCGGAUUGCACGACGCGGCUCAAGUUUAGCUCGAAGCACGACCAGACGAACAUCAGCGUCGCGCACUGGCUCAAGGUGACGAUCCGGGUCGAGCGCGGCGACGACCUGCACCUCGACUCCAAGGGCAAGCGGAAGCAGUUUGACAUCAUCAUCGAGACGCCCGUCAAGAUCCUCGACUGCCGCGUCAACACGCAGUACAACAUGCUCCCCUCGUACGAGCGCGCCGGGUCUGACACGCCGUCCAUGGGAUGUCCCAUCCACGGCCGCCCGCCGCCUACUCGUCUGGGAGGCAGUAACCUCAUCGGCGCCGCGAGCGUGGGCGCACAGCACGCCAUCACUGCCGGACUCAAGAAUGUCCACAUCACGCACGAGGUGCCGCAGCGCGAGCCUCAUGGGUCCCACGAGGGGCACGAGGAUACGCUCCUGGAGCGCAAUAUCGUGUACGACCGCCUCAUGUCGGGCCAGGAGACGGAGGAGGGCCGUGAGCCCCCGUCGUACGGCGAGGCGGUCGCGAAUGCGAUCCGCUCGGCGCGGAGUGCGUCCAGGGCCGCCUCUCGCGCCACGAGCCCCGUAGGCAGCAGGGCGGCCUCGCGCGCCCCGAGCCGCAACGUCAGUCGCGUGCAGCUCCACAUUGAGGAAUAG